AUGUCAGCUAGUCCAGAGGGGACCCUCACCUGCGCUUCUGGAAGCCCCACUGAACAACAGUUCAGCAACAGUUCAGGAACUGAGCUGGAGAAGCCCCUCAUGUCAGGACUACACCAUGACUCACCUUCAGUUUCCAUCAGCUUCUCAGAAAUUUCCCUAACUGAAGAAGUGCUGUCCAAUCAAGAGCCUGAGUUCUGCCACAUCAUCGGUUGCCGGGGAGACUGGAAAGCUGCUCCUGGAGAUGACCACAGCACCACAGCCUUCUCCAGCUCUAGGAGAUGUGAGAGACAGUUGGUGACAUCAUCUGAAAUGGAUGCACUGAUGUCGCCUUUGACAUGGACAUCACCAAGCUGCGUGAGAGGCCCCUGGGUGGCAGCUGUGGUCCUGACACUGAUGGUGCUGAGCCCUCCCGUGGCUUUGGUCAGGGACCCCCAACCUAAGUGCGCACCUCAGACUCUUUGGGAUCAUUUGUUGGUGCAGAGGCAAGUUGAGCCCCAGGUGACUGUGUACCCAACAAAGACACAGCCCCUGGAUCACCACAACCUCCUGGUCUGCUCUGUGAGCGGCUUCUACCCCGGCCACAUUGAAGUCAGAUGGUUCCGGAAUGGCCAGGAGGAGAAGACUGGGGUCGUGACCACGGGCCUGAUCCAGAAUGGAGACUGGACCUUCCAGACCCUGGUGAUGCUGGAGACGGUUCCUCAGAGUGGAGAGGUUUACACCUGCCAGGUGGAGCAUCCCAGCCUGACCAGCCCUGCCACAGUGGAGUGGAGGGCACAGUCCUCAUCUGCACAGAAGAAGAUGCUGAGUGGAGUCGGGGGCUUCGUGCUGGGUCUGUUCUUCCUCGGGCUGGGACUGUUCAUCUACUUCAGGAACCAGGAAGGACAGUCUGGACUCCAGCUGACAGGUAACACCCUUCAGUCUUCCCUCAGAGACAGAUCUGCUUUCCCUACAGUGUGGGGGCUGGGGUGUGAGGGACACCAAGCAGACACACAGGGGAAGAUAGAGACCCCAGGGCCUGGCCAGGUGGAGAGUACUGAGGUGGUGAGAGAAGCCACUGCAGAGUUAAGUCUGGAAAAAGCAUUGUCUCCUGUGCUCUGCAGAACUCCUGAGCUGAGCUGA